AUGGCAAUCCCCACCCUCUCCGCCAUGAUCGAUCCGACCAAGCAGGCCGAGUACCCAAUUGUGCUAGGCGAGCGACUUGCACAGAGGUUGGACACAAACAGCCUGGUCAACAUUAACUACAAUUACAAAUCCAAGUCUGCCACCCCACAACAGCGCUCAACCAUCACUCCCUCCCAAUCGCAAGAUCUCUACGACCUCUCCGUCACCGAUAAGGCCCCCAACGCCGAUCACACACUGGCCUGGUCAUACAAGGGUAGUGAGGACCCGUCGAGCGAACAAAACCUGGUCCUGGUCUUCGAUCCGGAGCGCAAAGUCUUUGUGCUUGAGCCGGUCUCCACAACUUUCAAUUUCAAUCUACGCUCGGCGCCAGGAAAGACGGAAAAGCAGGUCCGUGAACAGUACGAACAACUCCAGAUAAAGUAUGAGGAUGAGCCGACGACUUCGGGUGAGGACCGCCAUGCAGGGGAUACCAGCGACGAUGAAGGUCCCGCCGACCCAGACAACCCAUAUGACUGGCGACACUACCUUCCCAAGAACCGCGGGCCGGAUAAUAAGUACUGUUUACCUUCGCAUAACACCACUCCGGAACCUUCUAUUGCAAGCCGAGCAAACACACCAGUGAUACCAGCCGCCAAGUCCGUCGCAAAGCCACUGCCUCGGCCAAAGGCCCAAGCGAACCCGCUACGACAGCAGAAGCCAGCCGCGAAACCGCCAGCCGCGAAACCACCCGUCGCCAAACCUUCUCCAAAGCCAGCCGAGCCAGUCGGCCAGCCUGCUAGCCAACCCACUAGCCAGCCCGACACGCUUGAGAUUGAAGAUUCUCGCUCGUCGCCGUCAGAUGCUGAGACAGGAUCUCAACAAGCCGGCCAAUCACCAAGUUCAAACAUCAUCAUUGACGGCGAUCUCAUUAUCGACAUGGGCUCUCCGCCCCCGUCCCGCUCCUUCAGGGUCAACCCCGCAUACUUUUCAUCAAACAAUACACCCGCCGACGGCGAAAACGGCGAAGAAGAAAUGGGCGAAUUCAGACUCCCCUCUCCAGUCGGAACAACCACCCACCCGACCUCAUCAGCGCCGACAGGCACAACAACCCAAGGGGACGAAGUCGAAGAUGACGAUGCCUUGGCUGCAGAGAUGGAAGCCGCUUUCGAGGAAAGUGCCCGGGAAGAGGAGGCUCGCAGACAUCAGUACAGUCAGCCCACUGCUUCCAGGCAGUAUGUUCCCAGUGAUGAUGAGAGUGAGGUCAGUGAAGAGGAAUAG